GUUCAAUUGUACCGUUGCCGAAUAUUUAACACUUAUGGCUUUAGCACUUCUCUACGUGUAUAUCAAGUGUGCGAAGUUCUAGUCACAAUACCAGAGAAUGUUUACCCGUCGGAAGCGAUAAUAGGCAAAUUAACUCUAAGUUUGUUGGACCAGGAUCCAUCGUAUUUAUUAUACACUCCAGCUCUUCAAUAGGUGACCAUGUCGCGGCGGCUGUGGAGACAUAUUACCAUAUUUUUCUCUAUUGUAUGUGCCCUAUUUAUUUUGAAUCUCUUCGGGGAGUAUUAUAGCUUAAACGUGGAUUUAAAACGCGUUCAUGAACUUUCUAAAGAAUGGGGAAUGCCGUACGACUUGAACCUGAUAAACAGACCUCUCAUUGUCAUGCAGACAGAGGGCGUUUUCAUUGACGUCGGUUCCGGUGCGGGCGAUGCCUUGAUAAAGUUCUACAAGGGAAAAGUAUAUAAAGACGACCCUAACUUCAACAUGGUGAUGGAUUAUGAUCCAUGGAAGUGGAGGGUGUAUGCCUUCGAGGCAGACCCUAAAUACACCUCACAACUUGUCAAACUGGAAGAAAGAUUUAAAUUUUCACUGUAUUCAAACAUGGCGGCUUGGGUACAUGACGAAGGUUUAAUGUAUCCGGUGAAUAGGACAGGUGUGCCCUCACGGACACACAACCUCGUUCGCGAAAAAGAACACAACCCCGGAUAUAUCUCUGCAUUUAGCAUCAACUUUCCUUUAUGGCUUCGCGGAUAUGUCACUAAGAAAGAUUUUGUGGUUGUUCGAAUGAAUCUGAGAGGCUUGGAAUUUGAGGUUUUAGACAAGUUAGUGAGUGACUUGUCACUCUGUUUAAUCGACCAACUGUAUGUGGACUAUUACCCGAAACUAGCUAUCACAAAAGACCCAAGCAUCCCCGCAGAAAUUCCAGGAUGGGUAACACGAAUGUCAAGAAUGGCGGAUUGCAGUACAGAAAUAGUUAUGCAAAGUGAACACGUGUAGUUUCGAUCAUGGUCAGCACAGCCUGACAGAAUACAUAUACAAUGCACUUAUCAAUGUUUUUCCACCAGGAGUGGAGUGCACAUCUUUAGCCCUUUCAUAUGGAAUUUGACAGUGCUGUAAAAAUGUCGCAUCUUCCUACUCAGAGCCUGCACCAGAAUAAGGGACAUAACAUUGAUUUUCUCAAACAAAAUAAACCUGUCCGUAAAUUGUAACUUAAU